AUGAAUAUUUCCUCAGAUGAUAUUAUUAGUGAUCGGACUAGAAGGUCGUACGAGAAUCGAGAUCUCGAUAACCGAGAUUUUCGAUCGAGAUCUGUCUUGGUCCGAUCUCUAAUAUUUAUUAUUUAUCGGCUUUAUCUAAAAAUAAAAACAUAUUUUAAGUUUCGUGUCCCCUUACGGCCAUCAUAUCUUCCUGUUCGUUUAUUAUUUAUUGUUGAAUUAAUUUUACUUUCAAAAGAAGGGGAAGAGGAAGGAUUUGUUUCUUUAUCAAAUAUUAAAUUAGUUAAUAAUGAAGGGAUUGAAAUUGGCUGUCAAACUUUGGAAGAUAAUAAUUAUUUGAAAACAACAACAAUUUCUUUUAUUAAAGAAGAGGGAGAAGAAGGAGAAGAGGAUAAUAUUAAAGAGUAUGAACGUAAAUUAUUAUCGGAUGCCGGUAUAGAAUGGCUAGCUAAACAACCAACACCCCUUCGAUUACCUUUAUUAACAUUAAAUGACAUUUAUCCCCAAACAACACCACCAACACCUUUACCAACACAAUUUAUUAACACAAUUCCAUCACCUAAACAAACAAUUUUUAAAAAUUCUAUUUUACAAAAAGGAGCUUUAAUAACGACAAAAACAUUUAAUCCUUUCCAGCCAUUGUUUGAAGGGAUUGCACCAAUAAUUCCUCUACAAGGCAAUCCACAAAGAUUAACAGCAUUAAUGGAUAAACAAAAUAUUUAUGUAACAAAAACAAAUAAUAAUCAUUUAUUAAAACCAAAAAAUAUUUUUCCACAAUUAAUUUCGCCUUUUACAAUUUUGAAGCCAAAUAUAAAGGAAGAAAAAAAUUCAAUCGAAGAACCUCUUAAAAAUCAACAAAUGUUGUAUGGUGCAACACCAAUAGGAGGAACUUAUUCAGAAAUUGAACACGAAGAGGAGGAUGAAGAAGAUGAAAAAGAGGAUGUUGAAGUAAAAGAAGGAAGUCUUCUUCCAUUUGGUAUGAAAGAAAAAAUGGAGGGAAAUGAGGAAAAUAAACGACGAAAGGAAAAUAAUGAAUUAACUUUAACACCAAAUGAACAGAAAAAUGUUAUAGAAGAUUUAGAUGAAGAUACUAAUAGCAGAAUGUCUUCAUUAACCUCUUCACAUCACAGAGGGUGGAGUGAACGAUUGGAAAAGUCUUUAGAGAAACGAACGUAA